CUUAAAACAUGGCGACCCCUUGUGGUCGACUCUCCGUUCUUGCUGCUCCAACUAGGAACGAUCUAGAGAUUCGUAAAUUAAAGUGCGAUUGCAGAGCAACAUGGCGAGAUUCCUGCGCUUUGCAUCUGUCCUCGGGGCACUAGCAUUCUCAAAUGCCAUUCCCACGGGCGACCUCCCCCUCUCUGAGCCCAUAACUGCCGAGCGAGUGUCCGUGGAUGCGCGGCAAGCAUCGUACUGGAAGCCGCCUAUGAAAUCGAACAUCCAAUUCAUCCUCACCGGCAUCCCAGACGUUGACGAUGACUUCAUCCGACCGCUCGCGGGAAUCUACGAAGUCGACAUGUUCUAUACACCCGCAGAGACGAUCAAGAAGAUGAAUGAACUGGGACAGAAGGUCAUUUGUUACUUCUCAGCUGCCACGGCAGAGAACUGGCGAGACGACUAUAGCCAGUUCGCAAGACAAGACUUGGGUAAGGAGCUCCCAGACUGGCCAGGCGAGCGCUAUCUCGAUAUCCGCCGACCAAACGUCUUCAACGUGAUCAAGAAGCGAAUCGAUCUUGCCGCCUCAAAAGGCUGCAACGCGGUCGAGCCGGACAACGUAGAUGUCUACUCCAACGACCACGGCUUCAGUCCCGAAAUCGUCCCCGGUGACACCGUAGCCUACCUACAUAAGGUAUCUGAGUACGCGCGCUCAAAAGGCAUGUCCGUCGGCAUCAAGAACUGCGUCGAGAUCCUUGGUGACAUCUUCCCCGACGUCGACUUCGCCAUCUCGGAGGAAUGCGUGCAAUACCUCAACUGUACCGCGUACGCCAACUUCACCACCGCACCUCGUCCGGGGCUCGAAGGCAAGCCGGUCUUCGAGGUUGAAUAUUUGAGGAGGAAGUUAUGUAAUCUUGAUGAGCCUGGUGCGUCAUUGACGAAUCCAUAUCUGAAGAUCAAUACCAUUAUAAAGUCGUUGGAGUUGGACGGAUUUAUCAUGUUCUGUGAUGGGUCAGCGGAGAGGACAAGGACGAAGGAUGUUGGGAGAGGGAAGAGUGCUGUCCUGGAUGAGAGAGGGGCCAACGGAGCGAGGAAUGGUAUGCUGAGGAGGAACUGGGCAAGGGAGAAGAUGUGGAGGCGGAUGGGUGGGCGGCCGUUUGAUCCUUGA